GACUCGGCGGGGCGCUGCGGCGGCUGGAGCCGCGGGAGCUGCGCGCUCGCCAGAACGCAGACGGCGGCAGGAGCCCUGGCGGCCUCGGGGUCGGGGACGCCAUGAAUGGCUCGGGCGGCCCGCGGGCCGAGGACGCCGGUGAGGCGAAUGGCAGGGACAGCUGGCAGCCCGAGGCGGUUAUCGUGCCCCUGCUGUUCGUGCUCAUCUUCUUGGUGGGCACCGUGGGCAACGCGCUGGUGCUGGCCGUGCUGCUGCGCGGCGGCCAGGCGGUCAGCACCACCAAUCUGUUCAUCCUCAACCUGGGCGUGGCCGACCUGUGUUUCAUCGUGUGCUGCGUGCCCUUCCAGGCCACCAUCUACACCCUGGACGGCUGGGUGUUCGGCUGGCUGCUCUGCAAGGCGGUGCACUUUCUCAUCUUCCUCACCAUGUACGCCAGCAGCUUCACGCUGGCCGCUGUCUCCCUGGACAGGUAUCUGGCCAUCCGCUACCCGCUGCACUCCCGUGAGCUGCGCACGCCUCGCAACGCGCUGGCUGCCAUCGGGCUCAUCUGGGGGCUGUCGCUGCUCUUCUCCGGGCCCUACCUGAGUUACUACCGCCAGUCGAAGUUGGCCAACCUGACCGUGUGCCACCCGGCGUGGAGCGCGCCUCGUCGCCGCGCCAUGGACCUCUGCACCUUUGUCUUCAGCUACCUGCUUCCCGUGCUGGUGCUCGGCCUGACCUACGCGCGCACCCUGCGCUACCUGUGGCGCACGGUUGACCCGGUGGCCGCCGGUUCGAGCGGCCAGCGCGCCAAGCGCAAGGUGACGCGCAUGAUCAUCAUUGUGGCCGCGCUCUUCUGCCUCUGUUGGAUGCCCCACCACGCGCUUAUCCUCUGCGUGUGGUUCGGCCGCUUCCCGCUUACGCCUGCCACCUACGCGCUGCGCAUCCUCUCACACCUGGUCUCCUAUGCCAACUCCUGUGUCAACCCCAUCGUCUACGCGCUGGUCUCCAAGCACUUCCGCAAGGGCUUCCGCAAGAUCUGCGCAGGUCUGCUGCGCCGGGCCCCACGGAGAGCGUCGGGCCGCGUGUGCAUCGCCGCGCGCGGCACCCGCCGCAGCAGCGUCCUGGAGCGCGAAUCCACCGACCUGACGCACGUGAGCGAGGCUGCCGGGCCCUCCGCCCCUGUGCUGGCACCUCUCAGCAGUCCGCCGGCCUUGAGCCGGGUACCCGGCCCUCCCUGGCGGGACCAAAAUGCCCCCUACGGCAUCCCGACAGUGAAUGCGACCUGAGGGCACUUAGCGAGUGUGCUUUGGUGUUAAAAGGAUUGGCGUCAGAGGUGGGGAUG